AUGUUCGCCGCUCAGCAUGGCGGAUUGGACCAGCGAAAACGGGCUCGAGAAGAGGAAGAGUUGGCUAAUGCUAACAGCAUGAGCUUCGGUGAGCAUAGAAACAAACGAAUCCAGUGCCUUCCUCUCCGUGCAUCUCCUCGAACCACACAACAAUACAUGUCCGAUUCGUCUUUGCCGCCACACCUGAUCAGCCACGACCAGCUUCAACAAAAUAACUUUUCACAAUGGCAAUCCUCAACGAACAUGACAUCACAGGGUCAUGGUUAUUCCGAUAUGGAUAUGAUGCAAUCAAAUCAAUUUCAGCAGCAAAACGGGAUGGGCCAUAUGGGCGAGAUGCAGUUGGAGCCUGGCAAUAUCAACGGACGUAUGCCAACUCCCAUUCAACCUAGCUUUGCGGCACAGGUCAGAGGCCAGCAAACAGUGCCAACUCCUAACGGGGUCACAAAUCUUGGUCACCAAGACACGGGGUUUAACGAUGAUCAGAGUAUCCCUCGUACGAUGGCCGGAGGGUGGCAGGCUGCUCAGAACGAACGACGUCUUCCUUCCCCCAUUUCCGAGUGUGAUGAUGCUAUGGUAUGCCAACCCAUCACUCCUACUGGGAUGCAGUUUGAUGCCAGUGCCCAUGGUUUUGUUACUCCUGGGAUGGCGCAUCCCAAUGUGACUGUCGAGCCUUCACCUCCUCAUGAUACGGAACAUCAUAUGAUGGACGUUGAAUCUCACUGCUCAGCUCAUUCAGCCGAUGGUGAUAAUGACCCAACCACACCUUCUCCCCCCCGUAGGGGCCACAUCCGCAGCCGACACACUGUCAAUAACUGGACAUGGCAACCCGGCAUGAAGAAGAGUUUCAGUAUAGGGUAUCGAGCAGAUUGUGAAAAAUGCCGUCUCAAAGUCCCAGGUCACUUUAACCACAUCAUCGUUUCCUAG